GCCGGCCAGAUCCAGGAGCACCCCGGCAGCCCAGGAGCCCCACUUACGUCCCACUCUGAGUCCAAAUGUUCUCCAACUGGAAAAGAUCAAUGUUCCUGUCUUUUCAUGAGGACCCUGUGCCCACCACAGCCUCUUUCGGUGACCUCACUGGGACGAGGUGGUGUAAUCCAAGGCCUUAGCAUUUCCACGGGGCUUCCCAGUGCAGAGCUCACCUCCGAAGGCUGCUCUUGCCGUCAGAAAAGCCGGCUGAAGUUCUGGGCUCUUUCCUUUCCUGGGUCCCCUGUGGAUGGCGUCCCGGACCCUCCUGGAGUUCCUGUCACUGAACCAGAGCCAGCUGUCACCUCCCAAUGCCACGACCUGUGACGGUGCUCGCGAAGCCUGGGCCCUGCUGCACCGAGUGCUACCCACGUGGAUCAUCGUCAUCUGCGUCUGCGGCCUUCUGGGAAACCUUUUCGUGCUGUCCGUAUUCCUCCUGCCCCGGCGGCGUCUGAACGUGGCAGAAAUCUACCUGGCCAACCUGGCCGCCUCCGAUCUGGUGUUUGUCUUGGGCUUGCCCUUCUGGGCGGAGAACAUCGCCAACCAAUUCCACUGGCCCUUCGGGGGCCUCCUCUGCCGCCUGGUCAAUGGAGUCAUCAAGGCCAACCUGUUCAUCAGCGUCUUCCUGGUGGUGGCCAUCAGCCAGGACCGCUACCGCGUGCUGGUGCACCCCAUGGCCAGCCGGAGGCGUCGGCGGCGUCGGCGGGCCCAGGCCACCUGCCUGCUCAUCUGGCUGGUGGGCGGCCUCCUGAGCAUCCCCACAUUCCUGUUCCGCUCCCUCGAAGCCGUCCCGGAGCUGAACAACUCCUAUGCCUGCGUGCUCCUGCACCCACCCGGGCCUUGGCCCCUGGCCAGGAUGGUGGAGUUGAACGUGCUGGGCUUCCUGGGGCCGCUGGCUGCCAUUGUCUUCUUCAACUGCCACAUCCUGGCCUCCCUGCGCGGGCAGGCGGAGGUGCAGGGGACGCGGUGCGGGGGCCCCACGGGAGGCAAGACCACGGCGCUCAUCCUCACGCUCGUGGUGGCCUUCCUGGUGUGCUGGACCCCCUACCACUUCUUUGCCUUCCUGGAAUUCCUCUACCAGGUGCGGGCUGUCCGAGGCUGCUUCUGGGAGGAUUUCAUAGACCUGGGCCUGCAAUACACCAACUUCUUUGCUUUCAUCAACAGCUGCCUGAAUCCAGUGAUUUACGUGUUCGUGGGCCGGCUUUUCAGGACUAAGGCCUGGGAACUUUACCAGCAAUGCACGCCUCGGAGUCUUACUCCAGUGUCCUUGCCCCACCGGACAGAUGUUCUCCAACACUUCUGGCAGAAUUAAAACAGCAGGGAGUUACGAGGCGUGCCUUCCUCAUCUGUGAUUUCGGACAUAAUAGAUACGGCUGUGGUGGGCCGAGAAUAAGCCCACUGAGACGGCCAGGACCUCGUCCCUGGAAACUGUUGGGUGUUUUUGUGGUACGAGGACUUUGCAGAUAUGAUUAAGCUAAGGAGAGAUGGGGAGAUGAUCCUGGAUUCUCUGUGGACCCAGUGUCAUCACAAAGGUCCUUAUAAAAGAGAAGCGGCCACGUGACAGCAGAAGCAGGAGGCUGGAGUGAUGCCAGAAGCCCCGAGCCAGGGCCUGCUGGCACCCCCUGGGGGCUGGAAAAAAUACAGAGACAGGAUUCUCCCCUCAAGCCUCCAGAAGAAGUCAGCCCUGCAGACAUUUGGACUUGAGCCCACUGAGACGGACUUCCAG